CGCUUCUAACGCAUGCGCGCCGAACAAGUCUGUUCCGGUAUAACAUCAACAAUUUAGUUGCUAUGCUUUGAGAACUGAAUUUAAAAACGAAUUUUACAGGUAAAUCAAUGCAGUUUACCUCGUCGCUAUAAAGUCAAAUAGAGAUGUCUCGCCGACUCAGUCGUCCAUCUUCAGCUGCAUCACAUAGAAGCAGUGGAUCGUCUGCCCAUGAUUCAGAGUUCAAGGUAGAAUGUAAAGCAGCCUACCUGUCUGUCUAUGAUGACCUCAAGGAUGUCAUCUCUUCUGAAUAUGAUCUAUCUGCAGUUCUGCAGCAGUCUGGAAGAAAUCCUACCAGAAAAAUACUGGCUAAGUACUGGACAGAUGAAACAGAUUAUCUCACAUUUGAUGAUUUUGUCAACAUCUGUCGCCGGGAACAUGCCACAACUACAGAUGACUUGAUGAAAGCUUUCCGCAAGAUUGACAUCAACGGAGAUGGCUAUAUAUCCCUGGAUGAGUUGUUCAGAAUGCUGACAACAAGAGGCGAAAAGAUGACGCGAGACGAGGUGCAGUGUAUGAUUGAUGAGGUUGACGAGAACAGAGAUGGCAAGCUGGACUAUGGAGAGAGAAUUCUCUACUAUUCUGAGUUCUGCAACAUGCUGAUGUCCACGACAGAUGAAUGUAAGAAGAUGUCAAUGAAGAUGAUGGAGAAGAAAGAGAGAAAGAAGAAACGGCCAAGUAAUACCCCAAGAAGAGGUGAUGACGAAAAUAUUCAUGGGUCAAGGACAUCACUGAGAUCAAACGCCUCAGUAAAACGGUCUGCCACAUCACGGAGGUCCAGCUCUAUAUCAUCACUUCAGUCACAUGACACAUUUACAGAAGCCCCUACCAUGAAAACUGACUCACAGUUGUCUGUGAGGUCCAGCAGAGUGAGCAGAGAUGAAAUUGAGGAGGGUAUACAGGAAGACCUUGACAUUAAAGAAGACGUCAUGCUCAGUUCAAGGUCAUCUGUAACUAGGUCACCUCGUAAGCUGCAACCACAAGAGAAACCUGGAUCUCUUCUGUCAUUAAGAUCCAAUCGUAAUCCACACACAGAGGAAGCUGAUGGCCAAGGCCCGUCACAUUCACUCCGCUCAGUUGGCCGAACUGGAUCAAAGUCAUCAUUAAUUAGCAUUGAUGACAUGCCAAGGCCUUCCCCAAGAGUGAAGAAAGACAAGGUCCGAACUCCGGUUGGGUCCAGGAGUGCUAAGGUGUCUGAACCCUCAAACCUCAGGGACUGGACCCACACCAGCUCCAAGGGCUGCUUCUUUAUCGAUGCUGAUGAAGGAGGUCAAAUAAUCAGUCACCAGUACACACUGGAUCUGGCAGACGACACCAAUGUCUUCAUCACCAUGCAACCCAACAGGAUUGGCGAUGCUGGCUUCACUGAUGAUGGCCCCGUGGACACCGCCAUCUAUGUCCUGCGAGAAGGCAGCAGCAGCAACAAAAUUGUCACCUUUACUGAGCAGAGAGACAGCAAGGGGAGAUACUGUGUGCGGUGCGACCUGUCUGCCGGGAGAUACAAGCUGGUUCCCUUCACAACUGGCUGCCGACUGUACGAGCGCAGCGCAGGCAGGGAGACGAAGGAGGUGAAGCUCAUCAAGCAGGACAAGGAGGAUAAGAUUGUCCUCUCCAAGACAUUCAAAAAAGCCCUGGAGGAUAUAUUUGACAUGGCUGACUUGGACGGGAACGGACUGCUGAGUCGCGAGGACUUCAACUGGUACAACAUACGCACGAGCGGAGAGGAGGUCGCUGACGAUGAGUGGGAUGUGGUUGAGGGCAACAUAGAGCUGGAGCGUGGCGAGAUCACAAAGACGGGAUUCAUCCACCUCAACCAGAUGGAAGCAGAAGACAACGAUGGAGACACAGAUGACCUCUGGGUCACCUUGACCAGCAUGGGCUUCAACAAGAGUCUUGUUUUAAAUCAGGCCUGCCCCUUCAAGCUAGAUGUCUACACGGAGGACUGCCGUGAUGCCAGUCUGGAGGUGAUGGGGCUGGAGGCCCAGGCAGUGAUGUUGGAGGACGCAGUCUGUGAGACAGUCACAGCCAAGGGUGAAGUGUCGAAAGUGAAGGGCAUGAAAGACCUCAGUGUGUACACCUACAUCGGGGACGCCAGAGCAACGGUCGUUGUGGAAAACCAAUCGUACAGCAAGAUCAGGAUCCAGCUGGACUGCAGUAGAAGUAAGAAUGUCGUCAGCAACCAGCGAGAUCUGAACUAUACUCUGACCGUGCCAUCAAACACCACUGUGGUUGGUCAUCACCUCAUACCCAGGGACGAGAAGGCAGAAUGGAUUGUCCGCUGUCAGGAAAGCAUCCUCAGAUAAUGUGACACCAUACAAAUACAGCACGUGUAUGUCAGUGUUCAAAAUUAAGCAUGAAAGUCAAGGGGCCCUUGUCGUGACCCUAAUGUCAUGAAACUGAGGCGAUCCCAUGAUUCUGACACUAUGGAAGCAAACCUCAAGGACCUGGACUCCCUUAAUUUUGAAAACUGUACAUUGAUAAAGCAUUCACUGUUCAUUGUGUUUUUGUGUCUCAAAAUUUCACAAAUAAGGCCACAGUAAAUUAAUUAUUAGAUUUUCAUCGAAUGUUUCUAUAAAUCCCAUGUUGGAGCAUUUAUGUAUUUUUGUGGGACAAACUGUUCAAGGCAUCUGUGGACAUUAACUGUUCCAGGAUGUGAUUCACAUGCAGCAUGAUUGUUCAGAAGGACUAUGUACAUUGUGUAUAUGCAGAAUGAAGUGAAUACUGGUACACACUCAAGGAGUUUCUUUGUCUGUAGUUGCCGGGAAACAAUAAAAGAAUGUGGGUGGGGUUUUGGUGGCGGGGCAUAUAGGGAUGAGAAUGUAAUACUUGAUAUAUGAUGGCCUAAGUUCAAAGUCACCUGUGUGGGACAGAUUUCUAAUAAAGACUCACACUGAAAAUGUUUACUCUCCAUCCAGUAAUGAUACGGUCCUGAGGCAGGAUGUGUGGUAACCUCUUGAAGUUGUGGUCUUUGCGAGACACAAAGGCAUGAUCUGAAUGCUGAUACUUGAUAGGCAGCUGAGAGACCUGUAGUUACAUGUAAUUUAUUGUCUGAAUGUCUGCAGAGUAGUGUAUGUUUAAUGAGCAACCAGAUAGAAUUGCAAAUAAUAUUUCACCCUCAUCUCACAAGACAUGUCCUUUCUCAAACCAAUGUGACAAUAUAUAUCUAUUAGUCUGUGUAAGGAAUCUAUGUGCCUUUGGUAUAGUCAGUGGAGUGGAUUGGACAUUUUCUGCAAUAUGUUGAAAUUAAAAUAUUACCUUGUGGGUAAAUGGAAUUUUGUCUGUCUGCAAAUUACAUUUUAUUUAUGUCAUACUUUUUGUUUCCUUGUGUGUUAUUUUCCGUCCAGAAUAAUAUAAUAUUUAUAAAUAGAAAAGUUAUACAAACUGCAAAAUAUAUUGUACAUACAAUUCAACAUUCAUAUUCUUAUCAACGACCUCAAAGGACUGUUGUAACCUGAGUUUGACCAGUUCAGAUUGAGUGUUGUCUCAUACAUGUAUCAACUUAUCCCAGCAAGCACUGAAAAUCAACUCACUGUUGAAAAAAAUCACUCUCUGAAAACAAUCUGUGUCAGCAGUUUUUUCUUUUGGACGUGAAAAGACAUUCAUCACCGAGGCUUUGUGGUCAUGUCCUCAUUUAUCAAAUAUGUCGUGGACUGGUGCAUAAUUAAUAUCAUGUGGCAUAUUUUCAUUGAUUUGAAACAAUGUGACAAGUGCAGAAAUUAAAUGCUUUUGCAUUUUUCCUAAUGGGAAAUAAUUUUAGUAUAUUUUUAAAUUAAGCUUAACAGUAUUCAUUGAAACAAGUGUUGUAAGUGAAAACUUCUGGGUGCCGUUGUACAAAAUGACCUCAGCACUAUGUCUGUCGGAAGUCUAUGUUAAGGUAAGAUCGUUUUGUAUUGAACCCCAAUCCAGUACAAUUUUCAAGUAUUUAACUUCUUUGGUAACUAUAACUUUGGAUUGUUUUAAAAAACAAAAGCAUUUUUGUCAAAGGUCACAACUUUUGAAGGAUAUUUUAUAAGAGUUUACUUCUACAGCAUCCAUUCCAUUUUACAUCAUGUCUGUGAUAGUACCAUGCAACAAGAAGCAUUAAAACUACAGAGACCAAGUCUACAGCAUAAAUUGUUUCCUUUCAGUGUACACUGUAUAUUCUAGUUUUUCUUGUUGCUAGAUGAUAUAUGUAAUAAAAAUUAAACUCAUAAAA